AUGAUUUCCUUCGAGCAAUUCGAACUUAUUGGUGACACCAAAGUCGGCGUUCUCCCACAGCAAGUGAAUCAACUUGAGAUGUGCCGUGAAAUCGCAGCUGCCAAGGAUUUGGAAGAGAACGAUUCAUCCUUCAUGUUGGUCGACCUAGAUAAGAUCAUCGAGAGAUUUGAGCUCUGGAAGAGAGAACUUCCAAUGAUUGAGCCAUUCUACGCUGUGAAGUGCAACACGGACCUUGUUCUCAUCCGUAUUCUCGCUUCUUUGGGAUGUGGAUUCGACUGUGCCAGCAGAGAAGAAAUUGAUAUCGUUAUGGGAACCGGUGUAUCUGCUGAUCGUUUGAUCUAUGCAAAUCCUUGCAAGACUCGCAGCUUCAUCACUCAUGCAAUGGAACGAGAUGUUCGUAUGAUGACUUUCGAUAACUCCGAGGAGUUGCUCAAGAUCGCAAGGCUGCAUCCAAAUGCAGAAAUGAUCCUCCGUAUCGCUGUCUCUGAUCCAACGGCAACUUGCCCACUCAAUCUGAAAUUCGGAGCUGACCCAGUUCUUGCUGGUCCACAACUUCUGAAGCUCGCUUCGGAGGAAGGAGUCAGCGUGGUUGGAAUCUCAUUCCACGUGGGAUCUGGAUGCAAUGAUGCUUCUGCCUACCGGAAUGCUCUCCAACAUGCCAAGAAUCUGUGUGAGAUUGGUGAGGGUCUCGGAUUCAAAAUGGACAUCAUCGAUAUGGGAGGUGGCUUCCCCGGAGCUGAGCACCACAAUCCAUUCGAGAAGAUUGCCGAAACCAUCCGUGAUGCUCUUGACGAGUUUUUCCCAGAGACCGAAAAACGUCUCAUUGCUGAGCCAGGAAGAUUCUUUGCUGCUGGACCAUUCUCUCUCUGUGCCAACAUCAUACAUGCCACUGAAGUUCCAGCCACUAAGAUCACUAAGGAUCAAAAGGACUGUGGCGAUCACGGAUACAUGUACUACAUCAACGAUGGGGUAUACGGAUCCUUCAACUGCAUCAUGUUCGAUCAUGCUCAUCCAGUUGGAGCUCCUCUCUUCGAUGUCGGUCGCAAUGAGAAAUAUAUUUCUACAAUCUGGGGACCAACAUGCGAUAGCUUGGAUCUCGUUGAAGACAAGAAGCUCAUGGCAAAGAUGGAGAUCGGAGAGUGGCUCUAUUAUCCAGAUAUGGGAGCCUAUACGCUUGCUGCUGGAACCACAUUCAAUGGGUUCGCUAAGCCGAUCCCGAUGUACGUAAUGAGCGAGGAGCUCUGGGGAACUAUCAAGGAUUCUUCUCACAUCUCAUUCUAA